AUGUUCUAUGUAAAAGAUAAAGAACCGAGAACAUUAGAUGAAGUAUGUCAGCUAUAUGAGAAAUAUAAAGUUUUAUCAGAUGAUGGCAAGAGAAAUCAUUCGAGAUCUUUAGUUCAGAUAGUUCAAGAUAAUGACGAGUUUGAUGACAAGAAAUCCAAUGUUGUUAAACAAGAUGAUCCAAUUACAAAUAUGAAUAACAGAAUAGAAAAAUUGUUCAGCAUGAUUGAUGAGAUUAAACGAGAUAAGUUUGAAAACAGAAAUAACAAGCGUGCUAAAAAUAAGUAUCCUAAGUGGACAAAGUUAUAUGACGGUCCUUACAUGAUUUCAAAGAAAAUAAGUGAUGUAAAUUUUGAGAUUAAGAAGUGUAAUGGUUAUAAAACCAUUGUCGUACACAUAAAUAAAUUGAAGCAUGUAUAA